AUGGCAAAUCUACGGAUAUCUGAAUGGCGGAAGCUCCCAGUAAGCCUUGCAGAGCUCUGUUUAGACACCACACUACGCUGCGGCCAAUCCUUUCGGUGGAAGAAGUUGAAUAAUGAAGAAUGGACUUGCGCUCUACAUGGAAGAAUGCUCUCCUUGAAACAGGAUGACACUCAUCUUCACUAUCGAUCCAUCAGACCAAACAGCACGUCUUCACUAAGUCCAAAUGCUUCAGCCAAAACCUCAGUGCUUGAAGCUUCAAACGAGGAUGAGGAAACCGAGGCACUUGUUAAGCAGUACCUGAAUCUCACUCCGGAUCUGACCUCUCUAUAUGAGCAGUGGUCCUCUGUAGAUGCCAAUUUCAAGAAGAGGGCUCCAAAAUUCACUGGAGUCCGCAUUCUGAAACAAGACGCAUGGGAAGCUCUCGUUGGGUUUAUAUGCAGCAGCAAUAAUAAUAUCGUGAGAAUAUCGCAGAUGGUUAACAACUUAUGCUUACAUUAUGGACCCUUAAUAGGCCAUAUUGAUGACCAAGCUUUUCAUGACUUCCCUCCUGCGGAAGCUCUCACGGGGUCAAAAGUUGAGGGACACCUCCGAGAGCUUGGUUUUGGCUACCGUGCAGGAUAUAUAGCCAAGACAGCCAAAAUGGUCGCCAAAGAAAAGCCCGAGGGCUGGCUGCAGAGCUUGUGCAAUUCCAGCGAUGAUCCAGACCAAAAGCUACCCACAGGAGGCCGGGAUGGGUAUCGGACGGCUCACGAAGAACUUCUUCAACUUCAAGGAGUUGGCCCAAAAGUCGCAGAUUGUGUCUGUCUAAUGGGGCUGGGGUGGGGUGAGGCUGUACCUGUUGAUACACACGUGUGGCAAAUAGCUCAGCGUGACUACAAAUUUGGCAAGGGGAAGCAUAAGAGCCUCACCAAGGCUACUUAUGAUGCCGUGGGAGAUUAUUUCAGACAAUUAUGGGGCAUAGAAGCUGGAUGGGCACACUCGGUGCUGUUUGCUGCCGAUCUGAAGACCUUUUCGGAAAGGCUGAUGACUAAGGUGGAGGUAGACAUUGACGAAGUCAAGAUCAAGAAGGAGGAUAAAAAUAUUGUCGAGUCGAAAGUCAUUAUAAAGAGAGAAUACUUGGUGGAUGAGGUGAAGGACGAGAAGCCAAACGAGGUUCUGAUUGAUAGCAGGAGUCAACGAGCAAAGAGACGAAGAUUUGUCUAA